AUGAAUAUCAUUAUAAUAUAUUUACUUGUAUGUGUAGUUAUAGCAGGGAAAGGAGAUGACAUGAACAACCGAAAGAGCGAGAAAAUGGAACAUGGUAGUGAAUUAUUCGAUGAAAGAGUAGCACUGCAAAGAGAUGCAAAAGCAUUAGAAUAUUAUUUUAACUCGGCCCCUCAGGAAUAUCAUCAUAAUCAUGUACGUCCUAAAUUAAUGAAGUUUACAAAAGAUUUUCGAGAAGUAUUAACCAAUACUCGACCGGAACCCCAUGAGUCAUCUUCAAAGAAUAAUUAUAUUGACUAUAGUGAUUCAAAGAACGUGUCAGAAAAAUCUAAUUCACUUGAUUUCCUUAAAUUUCCAUAUACAAGCACUUCAAAAUACAAGAAAGUUACAGAUGCAACUUUGAAAUGGCCCUCGUUUGAAGAUUUAUUGUUGUCAAUUGGGAUUGAAUAUGACUGGAAAAGUGAUCGGUGGGUAAAAAUGAAACAAAAACUUACAAGAACUCCGGAGGAAAAAAUUAAAAUUUCUAAUUUUAAUCAAAACGUCGGUCAGAAACAUGAAUUUAAAUACAGAACUGUAAGAAUUAACGGAAGCAAAAGUAGGAAAAAUAUUAUAAUUGCCGUAACAGCAGUAAGAUAG